AUGAGCGACUCCGAGGACGACUUCCGCGGCCACCUGUUGUCCGGCUCGGACGCCAGCCAUUCGGACUCCGACUCCGAUGCCGAGACCGUCGAGCAGAAGCCCGCCACCUUCGCCGACCUGGGUCUGAAUGACAUCCUCCUGCAGGCCUGCGCUCAGGUUGGCUGGACCAAGCCCACGCCCAUUCAGGUGGAGUCCAUUCCCUCGGCCCUCAAGGGCCGCGAUAUCAUCGGCCUGGCCAAGACCGGCUCCGGUAAGACCGGUGCCUUUGCUCUGCCCAUCCUGUCGGCUCUCCUGAAGAAGCCGGUCCCCCUUUUCGCCCUGAUUCUGGCGCCGACCCGAGAGCUUGCCUUCCAGAUCCAUGAGAAUGUUGAGGCCCUCGGCGCGCCGAUCGGCGUCCGGUCGGUGGCCAUCGUCGGCGGUGUGGACAUGAUGAGCCAGUCGGUGUCACUCGCCAAGAAGCCGCACGUUGUGGUGGCCACCCCCGGUCGUCUGGUGGAUCACCUGGAGAAUACCAAGGGGUUCUCCCUGCGCACCACCGGCUUCCUGGUCCUUGAUGAGGCCGAUCGCCUGCUGAACAGCGAGUUCGAGGAGGAGGUCAACAAGAUCAUCAAGGUCAUCAGCAAGGAGCGCCAGACGCUGCUCUUCUCGGCCACCAUGACCGACAAGGUGAACAAGCUCCAGCGCGCGGCUCUGCGUGAUCCGGUCAAGGUGGAAGUGGCAACUAAGUUCUCCACUGCCGACAAGCUUCUCCAGUCGUAUCUCUUCAUCCCGGCCAAGUACAAGGAGGUCUACCUGACCUACCUAAUCAAUGAGUUUGCCGGGCAUGCGAGCAUCAUCUUCGUCAACCGCCAGCACUCGGCCCAGACCUUGGCCCUGAUGCUGCGGGCGCUUGGUUUCCCGGCCAUCCCGCUGCAUGGCGGCCUGUCGCAGCCCAAGCGCCUCGGCGCACUGAACCGCUUCAAGAGCGGCACCCGCAACAUCCUCAUCGCCACCGACGUGGCGGCCCGUGGUCUGGAUAUCCCCAGCGUGGACCUGGUCAUCAAUUAUGACCUGCCCCAGAACAGCAAGGACUACGUCCACCGGGUUGGCCGUACCGCCCGUGCCGGUCGCUCCGGCAAGUCCAUCACCUUCGUCACCCAGUACGAUGUCGAGGCCUUCCAGCGCAUUGAGCAGCUCCUCGGCAAGCAGAUGGAUCUCUACUCCGGCUGCGAGGAGGCGCAGGUUCUCCUGCUGCUGGAGCGCGUCAUGGAGGCCCAGCGUGUCGCGGCUCUCGAGUUCAAGGAUAGUGGCGGCCUGAAGCGCCGUCGCUCCGAUGAGGAGGAUGGCGAUGCCGCGCCCAAGAAGAAGGCCGGUCCUUCGGCCGGCAGGGGAGGGAAAUCCUCCGGCCCCAUGAAGAAGCGCCGCUAAUGUGGGGCAAUUGCCCUGGAUCUUGGCGUCCAGCCACCUGGGACCCGCAUUCCCGGCCCCCCUGCUUGCGCCUGCACUCGCCAUCCUUUCUCUUCCUUUCCCCCCCCUCACCUGUAGAAUAUACCCCACUGUUUGGA